AUUCUCAAUAAGUUUUUUUAAGCAUAAGUUUGGCAGAGCUCCAAGAUUCUCUAAAAAUAAUCCGUCCCAGAAAUGCAUGGAAUAAUUUUUUAAAAGCUCGCUUAAUUCUAUUUUUGUUUGACUUCUAAAAAAUUAUUGUAUUGUAAAUGCAAAUCCGAUUUGUGCUUGACAAAUAUGCAUGGAAGAUUAAAGGUAACAUUUAAGAUUUAUUUUCACAAACUGUUAAAAUUUGAGUUUUUAAUCAUAGUCAUUACGUGCGUUAAAAAGUUAUAGUUUUUAAUUAUUAACAUUGAUACAAUUUUUCUUUUUGUUGCAUAGACUAAACCUUUUUUCAUCAUUUACAUUUCUAUAUAUGCAUACAGGAUAUAAUAACGCGAAGUCUCAAAGACCUCAAAGAAUGCGAUUAUUCCCCGGGAGAUUCUCCUCGAUCUAUAAAUAAUUAACAAAUUACGUGGGAUUUGCAAGGCGAGAUGAAGCCAGCUGCUCUUUAAUAUUUGAAGCGCGAGGCGCGGAGCGGCCUUACAAAGCGGCGCAUCGGGGUUCGUCUCGGACCGUAUCUUUGCGUGCAUGGCUCAUGUUUCCACAUGGAAGAAUAUAGGGCCAUAAGGCCGAUUAGAUACUGAUAGGCGAGCGGAAUAAUUGGGACAGUAGUGGAGAAAUCCGAGUAGCAUCCUGAGCGCUAAGAUUGCUAGGAGAGAGUAUGGAAGACUUUGAGUUUGAAUCCCGGUCGGCUCCGUUAAUUUUUUCGUCGCUUACACACAACGAGCGGGACAACACACGACUGGGGUCCCAUCGGGGCCCGGUGAGGCGGCGGAGGAGGAGGAAGAGAGGAGAGGCGAGGAGAGGACUGGAGCACAUAGAAGAAGCAAACAGCAUCGGACAGGCAGCAUGGGCAGCAGGCAGCAGUGCCGGCUCCGCUCUGGGCCCAACGGGGGGACCCGGGGUCACAUUCCAAGAUGGCUGUGCCUGAGGAAUGCAGUGGGUGCCCCCCUAAGACGCCUGCCUCCCUCCUUUUUUAUUAAUCGGUCCCAUUUGCUCGUUCUAGCGAAAAGAAACCCUCUUAUUACUGUUCGCGCGCGGUGAAACAAUGUAACGCGUGUAUACGCAGGGUUUAGUUUGCGAGCAGACGCCGAGAAAAAGUGUCGAGGUGAAUCCCACAGGUGAGAGAGCGCGGGACGGAGAAAGAUAGAGGCACAUUGCACGUUCAAUCCGGGGCCUGAUCUUCAUGCAAGCACGCCGCAGAUGAUGCCCAUGCCAGAGGAUGCUACUAGCUCGUCUUAAGCAAUGUCUCAUAGGGAUAUCUCUGAGGUGGAGCCCGAAGGUACGUCGGCCUUGGCCGCUGGAUCCAGGGCCCUAUUCUUAGAAACAGUACGCAGGAGUAACGCAGCGUGUCAGAAUGGAGAUUAUGCACUGGCUGCGACAUUGUAUACGGAAGCUCUUGCUUUGGAUCCUCUCAGUCACGUGUUGUACUCAAACAGAUCAGCUGCCAGGCUCAAGAUGGGAUUAUUUGCGCUUGCUUUGCAGGACGCUGUUCGAGCUACUGAGUUGAGUCCGCAGUGGCCAAAGGUAUAUAUUCUUCCUUGUAUGUUUGUGUACAGCUCAUCACAUUUCGGUUCUAUAACAAUCUGCAAUAAUUUUCAGGCGUAUUAUCGGCAAGGAGUAGCACUGCAAUGUUUGGGACGUCACGGAGAAGCGCUCGUUGCCUUCAGCACGGGAUUAGCUCAUGACGCAUGCAAUCAUCAAUUAUUAUCAGGCUUGGUAGAAGCAUCGUUAAAAUCUCCGCUACGACCGACUUUGGAACCGACGUUCCAACAGCUGCGCGCGAUGAAGCUUGAUGAAUCUCCGUUCGUCGUCAUAUCCGUGGUCGGUCAGGAGCUGCUUGGAGCUGGACAAUACAGAGCGGCUGCCGGCGUGUUGGAGGCCGCGCUCACCAUCGGUUCAUGCAGUCUGAAAUUGAGAGGUUCUGUAUUUUCCGCUCUGUCCAGCGCAUACUGGGCACUGAACUCUCUGGACAAGGCAAUCAACUAUAUGCAGCAGGAUCUAGGAGUGGCGCGUUCCCUGGGGGACACGCAGGGCGAGUGUAGAGCCCAUGGGAAUUUAGGAUCUGCUUAUUUCAGCAAGGGCAGCUUCAAGGAAGCCCUAACGGCUCAUAGAUACCAACUCGUUCUAGCUAUGAAAUGUAAAGAUACGCAGGCGGCGGCUUCGGCCUUGACCAGUCUGGGACACGUCUACACGGCGAUCGGCGAUUUGCCAAACGCUCUGGCCUCCCAUAAGCAGUGCGUACAAUUAGUGAAGCAGAUGGGAGAUCGAUUACAGGAGGCCCGUGAGAUCGGUAACGUCGGAGCGGUCUACUUGGCGAUGGGGGAAUUCGAGAGUGCCGUCGACUGCCACACGCAACAUCUGAGAAUAGCCAGGCGUCUGGGUGAUCGCGUGGAAGAGGCGAGGGCUUUCAGUAACUUAGGAUCGUCUCAUCAUUAUCGUAGAAAUUUUGGGCAGGCAAUGGCUUAUCACGAGAACGUUCUAAGAAUAGCUCAAGAACUUGGGGACAGAGCUAUAGAGACUAGAGCGUAUGCAGGAUUAGGUCAUGCUGCUAGAUGUGCAGGUGAUUUGGCGCAAGCCAAGCUCUGGCAUCAGAGACAGCUUGACGUCGCAUUGACCACGAAAGAUAAGGUGGCUGAGGGACGAGCCUGCAGCAAUUUGGGCAUAGUAUAUCAGUUGCUUGGCGAGCAUGAUGCUGCUUUAAAAUUACAUCAAGCGCACUUGGGAAUCGCGAGAUCGUUGGGAGACAAAGCCGGUAUGGGUAGAGCGUACGGAAACAUCGGCAAUGCUUAUAAUGCCUUAGGUUAUUACGAACAAGCCAUUAAGUACCACAAGCAGGAAUUAACGAUAAGCAAAGAGGUAAACGAUCGUAGCUCGGAAGCCAGCACACAUGGAAAUCUGGCGGUUGCAUAUCAGGCUGUGCAAGGCCACGAAGCGGCAUUGAGACACUACAGAGCUCACCUGGCUAUAGCGCGUGAACUGAAAGACACGGCCGGUGAAGCGUGUGCUCUUCUAAAUCUCGCCAAUUGUCUCUCUUCGCGCGGUAGAUUUGAAGAGGCAGUGCCUUACUACGAGCAUUAUCUGAUGCUGUCGCAAGAAUUGCAUGACGUUGAGGGAGAGGCCAAAGCGUGUCAUUUCUUGGGAUAUGCUCACUACUGUCUGGGAAAUCAUCGAGAGGCCGUCAGAUAUUACGAUCAGGAUUUAGCGCUAGCGAAGGAUCUGCAAGAUAAAUCUGGAAUGGGUAGAGCUUACUGCAAUUUGGGAUUAGCUCACUUGGCAUUGGAAAAUCUAGAUACCGCUCUGGAAUGUCAAAAAUAUUAUUUAGCGAUCGCGCAUAUGACCAAGAAUCUGGCCGGGAAGUUUCGCGCUCUUGGAAAUAUCGGCGAUUGUUUGUUGCGUAUGGGAGAGGUUGAUGAAGCUGUUAAGAUGCAUCAACGUCAGUUAAACUUGGCACGUCAAGCAGCCGAUCGUUGCCUAGAAGCGGCUGCCUACGGUGCGUUAGGAAUCGUUCAUCGAGCUACGAAAAACCUGGAUAAGGCUCUUGGUUUUCAUACGCAGGAAUUAACUUUAAGGCAAGAAGCUGGUGAUCUGCGUGGUGAAUGCAGAGCACAUGGAAACUUGGGUGCUGUGCAUAUGGCGCUGGGACAGUACACUCAUGCGGUUAAGUGUUAUCAGGAACAAUUAGAGAGAGCGAAAGAGCUAGCGGAUUCUGGAGUUGAAGCCCAAGCUUUAGGAAAUUUGGGCAUAGCUAGACUUAAUAUGACACAUUACGAGGACGCUAUUGGUUAUUUCGAACAACAGUUAGCAACUUUAGAACCGCUAACUACUAGCACUGCUUUACUCGACAAAGCUCGAGCACUCGGAAAUUUGGGAGACUGCUACGAAGCCUUGGGUGAUCUGGAAGAAGCUAUUAAAUGUCAUGAACAACAACUAGCAGCCGCUAUGAAGUUGAAGAGUAUAAGAGAUCAGGAGAGGGCGUACAGAGGAUUGGGAAGAGCUCGUGAGGCUACCGGGGACUUACAGGAAGCCUUGGUGUGUUUCGAGAAAAGAUUAGUAGCCGCUCAUGAAGUGGAUAGUCCUGAAGCUAGAGGUGCCGCUUACGGUGAUCUAGGAAGAGUACAUGCCGCGUUAGGUAAUCACGAGCAGGCUGUCAGUUGUUUGUCGCAUCAAUUAGCCCUUGCUCGCGGACUUGGUGACAAAACGGCCGAGGCCGAGGCCGCCAGCGGUUUAGGAGCAGUCCAUCUUCUGAUGGACGAUCCGAACUCCGCGUUACACCAUCAUCAAUUAGAGCUAUCAAUUGCCGAGGGUCUAGACGCAGCCGGAUUGCAGGCUCGCGCCUGUGCUAAUCUGGGAGUGACUCAAGAAACGUUGGGGCAAUAUGAGGAAGCUAUAAGGUUGCAGGAGCAAUCGUUGAGCCUUGCCGCUGCGGCGGGUGAUCAACUUGCCCGAGCGGCGGCUUUCGCGAGUCUGGGCCGACUUCAUCAUCUCUGUGGAGACCUGCCACGCGCUUUGAGUUAUCUUCAGUCUGGUCUGUCGCUAUCCGAGGGCUUAGGUAGAAGGGAAGAAACCGCCAGAUUGAGACACAGACUUGGGCUUGUGCAUUGGGAGGCUGGCGAAGAAAUCAUCUCCGUGGAACACUUAGAAAAGGCCGCGAAUCUCUUAGAAUCAUUAGAUGGAACUUCUGUGUCCCUUUCUUGUGGUCAACCUAAUCGAGUCGAGUUACUAUCAGAAACAUACAGGAUGUUGCAAAAAGUAUUGAUCAAUCUAAACCGAGCAGAAGAGGCUUUGAAUUGGGCGGAGAGAUCAAGAAGAUCUAAGAGUAAUUCCCUGGACGACGUAGCUCACUAUUCCGAGAUUAUUGAUCGACAACGUGGAAUUAUUUUGUAUUACAGCGAGGUGGGAUGUGAAUUGCAUGCCUGGUGCUUAGCUCCAGGUCGUGGAUUACUACGAUUCCACUCCGCUACAUUAGACGAUGGGGUAGGUUUGGAAAAAAGGGUUCUUCAAGCACGUGAAGCACUCUUGGACGAGAGCAACGAGCUCAUCGAAGAAUCCACCAAAAUUCCGUCAAGAGGUCAUCAUUUGAAUGCCAGUUCCUACAGUUUAAGUAGCCUCUUCAGUGUUGGGUCCGUAAGCUCUCGCGCCGGAAGCGCUCGUUGGGGACGAGGCGCGAAAGGACCUACGUGGCAGGCACCAUUGCCGAUACAGGUGCUUUAUGAUCUUCUUCUUGCCCCGUUUGAAGAUCUGUUACCACCGCCGCGAAAGGAGUUGAUCAUGGUGGUAGAAAAGUCUCUCUAUUUGGCGCCAUUCCCGGCUUUGCAGUCCAAUCCAGGCGAGGAUUAUCUGUGCGAGAGAUUUUCGUUAUUGGUGGUGCCGUCCCUUGCGGCGCUCAGAAAGAGAUCUAAGACGCCCGUACUAGAAGGUGGUGCUACCGUGGCUGCACUAGUUGCUGGAAAUCCUGUUCUGCCAGAGGAUAUUCGAGAGGAGUAUGGUUGGCCCGAAAGUGUUGCUUCCACUGAGACCGAGUCGGAAAUAGUCGCUGAAUUGUUAGAGGCCCGCGCAAUGACUGGACUGGAAGCGACUAGAUCAAUGGUUCUGCGAUCUUUACCAGAUGCGGAAUGCGUUCACCUAACAGUUCCAGUCUUCUGGAAUACUGGCAGUCUAGCAUUCUCGCCUGAUCAAUGCGAGGAGCCAUCCGAGAGACCAGAGUACUUGAUAAGUCAGUUGGAUUUACUCAGGCUAAAGAUGUCCGCCCGUUUGGUAGUAGUGUCCAGCGGUCAUAGUUGGAGCAAUGUUGAUUGCACAAAUGCUACAUCGGACGGUAUACAAAAUCUCGCUAAAACUCUAUUGAGCACAGGUGCGCAAUGUGUGCUCAUAGGAAUGUGGGCGGUACCACCAACCGCCGGCAGCAUCUUAUUGCGAGCGUUCUACAGUGCAAUGUUGCAAGGUGCGAGAGCAUCGCGUGCAUUAGCUGAGGCGAUGCAGACUGUCCAACAUACCAGACAUUUUGCUCACCCAGCUAACUGGGCCGGUUGGCUGCUUAUUGGCGGAGACACGAGAUUAUCCAACAAGGUCGCGCUCAUGGGUCAAGCGCUGGCGGAAUUAUUACGCAGUGGUCCCGAACAGAGCAGGGACGCACUGCGAGUGACGCUUCAUCUGGUAGAGAAAUCAUUACAGAGAAUUCAUCGCGGACAGAAAAACGCUAUGUAUACGACUCAGCGCAGUAUUGAGAACAAGGUGGGCGCGGCCACCGGUUGGCGAGAACUCCUGAUGUCCGUGGGUUUCAGAUUUGAGCCAGCCGGCAACGGUAUACCGUCCUCCGUGUUUUUUCCACAAAGUGAUCCUGAAGAAAGAUUGACAAGAUGCAGUGCCAGUUUACAAGCUCUACUAGGAUUAGGUCAAUCGUCGUUACAUGCUUUGGCCAGGCUCUUACAAGCGCCAGAAGCCGCAGAAGACGUCAUCGCUGCCAUGAGAAGAGCCAGUUGUGCUACAGAAGGACAAGAAGUUGUACUGCCUGUACAUGUUUGGAGAGCAUCCGGAUCACAUGAACUAUUCGCUAGCUUAGGCUUCGAUUUGAUGGAAGUUGGGCAGUCGGAAGUGAUACUGAGAACAGGCAAACAAGCCUCACGUAGAGCCGUCCAGUUUGCUCUUCAAGCUCUUCUCGCAUUAUUUGAUACACAGGAAGCACCAAAAAGUCUUAGCUUAGAUUCAGGCAGUUCAAUGGAAAGCUUAGCUUCUGUAGCUCAUACAGAAAAAAAUCUUGUAGAACGACCACGAUUGGGAGGGGCGUUCGCAAGUUACGUACGACAUCGUGGUGAACCAGACGGAAAGACCAUGGAACCACCGAACGUUUUGAUACCAGCAUCGCGACAGCCAUGUCAAAAUGGUGGAGGUGAAUCGGAUGUGGCGUUUACACCUAGUCCUCCUGUAGCGCUUAAUUUGAACCAUCAGACUCGUAUUCGAAAUCUUUAUCCCGAUCAGAAUCCAAUGAGGCCUGGUUCGAGCUCGAGCAGCUCAGUGACAGAUUGGGACAAUGGCCAUGCCACUGUAUUGAGACGGCAGCCAUUGCCACCGUUGCCGGCUAAUGUGCUAGAGAGGUUGAGCGUGAGAACGGAGAUCAACACGAGUUCAUCGAGAAAACCGCGGCAUUCUACGACAGCAAAUGAGGACAUCUGCAAUGCGCAGACCGACGCGACUCAAUCCACGGAGACACAUCCACAGAAUCUAAGGAACCUGGCCACUUCCCUGACAAGUCUGACGCGCGAGCUCACACCCACGAUCUCGGAGGUGUACCACGAGCGCAAUUUGGGAUUGGGUCUGGCGCCAUCUUUAUCGAAAUUGCUGGAGGAGGUUGGCGCUGUGUCCGAAAACGAGGAGUCGCAAUCAGCAAAGACAGUGAGCCAUGGUCAGACACAGAAUUGGAUACCGAACGAGCCGGAGCUCUGCCGAAGGGAUGAGGCCGAUGGUAGAUCUAUCGCGGAAUCGCAGUGCAGCGCCGCCAGUUCGAAUAAAAUACCUCGGAAAGCUCCUGCGCCACCAGUAUAGAUUAUUUAUAUUUAUAAGUUAAAAUGUAAUUUCGCGGAGUAUAGUACUGGGUACCAAAGAAUGGGAGAUAUAUCGGAAAACAGAUGGUCGCCGCCUUGCAGCCAUAGCAGGGCCGAAACAAGACGAUCAACAAAGCGUAGUGCGAAUUUAUUUGUCAAUAUAUUCCUGGGUAUUCGAGUCAUUCAUGAUGAAACCCUGAAAGAAUAUCCUAACAACGUAAAUGCCUUAACACUCGCUAGAUGCACAUAUUUGCAUGUCCGUUUUUUUUUCAUAUGUCAGAGCUCGUGAUGUAACGAGUUCUAUAAUAUAUACGUACAAGGACAAAAUAAUCUCGCUAAUAAGCGUUAAUAUGCUCAAGUAUAAUUUUAAUAUUGUAAUCCGUCCAAACGUUUAAUUAUUAACAUUCUUAAUAUAGCAAAAAACGGUUUGUAGAGUACAUACAUAUGUUCAAUGAGCUAAAGGAUCAACUUCACUAUUCUCACUUAUGAUUGAUCUGUCUAAUAAACAGUAUUUAACUGCAGA